AUGUUUGUGCCUGACCGCCCUGACUCGACCUCUGACCCUGGUGAUGAACGCGCGUUGGUCGCGAUAUCUUUCCCUGUCGAUGAAAUGUCUUCCUGGGGGACUUUGAUUAAUCCUGACAAAAGUCCUGCGCCAUUGCUGGAACAGUUAUGUCUAGGGAUCGCGCAGUUGAUGCCCCGGACAACAACUUACAAGACUCAGUCCUCCUUUGAUUCAAGUGGCACAACUGAUCUCACUCCCGAUCGAAUCGCAACAUUUUACCGCAAAGUGGGCGGAAACUAUGACCCUUUGUUUCUGGAUACUAAGUCCACUGCGUUAUCGUUUAUUUAUCAGUCGCUCGGCUGCUUCCACAGCCUCCAGCCUUCCAACAAUCCAUACGAACCACCCUCCGUUCCGUCAUUACUGCCAGCUGGGUUUGUGAGAUGGCAGACAAUUCAGUUGUUGAUGGAACCGGACGAGCACUGGCAGUACCUACAAAAUGCUGUUAGUAUGUGGGAUAUUGUUGACGCGAAGGGUAAGGUAUUCCCAAAGGAAAUCCCGAGGGAAGCUUUCCCCUCGGAGCCGGAUCCAGAGAUGCUGCAGUGGCAUGAGGGAGUAAGUCGACGACUAGAGUACGACUACAUGAAGCGCAGGACGCAGCGCGCUUCGCCGCCCGACUUUGCGGGAUAUCACUAUCGUUUCAGCGGCAAGGACCCACUGCCGGAUGAAGAGGAGUACUUCUCGCCUCCACCAAGACAGUCCACACAACGACAUCAUAGCUAUUAUGAGCCAGAUCGAUCCGGUCGGCGUCAUCACCAUCGUCGUCUCAGCGCCGAGUAUCCUGCAUUCACUGCCCGCAGGCCUGAGCCAGCUUUCGUACCACGGCCAGAUGGCGGCCGGUCCGGUUUCACCUCCCCUCGAGGUCCGUCGCCCUCUCCACGGAUGGAGCAUCCUCACCAUCGCACUAGAGAUCAUGAGCAAUCAACGUACUAUGGCCACUCAUUCACGUCGGAAAUGGAUGAGCCGCCAGAACCAGAACACGUCUCUGAUGAUACAAUACCCGAGGAAGAACCUGAACCGGAGCCUGAACCUCAACCCAGACAUCGGCCCCGUCGUAAUUUAUCCCCGCCGCGCUCACGUACGCGCCGUCACUCACAUGAAGCAUAUGCACGCAAACCAGCCCGCGACCUCUCACCCGCCGCACCGCGAAGAAGCAGUAGAUACGACGAAACUCCCAUACCCAGGACAAGAAAGUCCAAUUCAGCCGGAACGCCCAAAUCCUACCGUCACAGCGAUCGUUCUCGGUCCCGUUCCUCUGGUGUCAAAUUCAAAGAGUUCAUAUUCGACGUCCCUCCUCCAGCCCCAGCCCCCGCUCCGGACCCAGCAAUGUACAUGCCCCAACGACCAGUCCCCCGCCACCGAUACAAUCUAGACCCAUAUGCAGAAGAUCCCAGACGAGGUAGCCAUAGUGGCGGCAGUACAGGAGGUAGCCAUCCCGGAAGCGGAGGAAGCAGUUCCGAACGACCACGUUCAUACAGUCAUGCUGGCUUUGCCUCUCGGACAUCUCGAUGGACGAGUCCCUCUCGAGGAUCGGCUAAGAGGUAUAUUCCGACUAGUCUUGCUGGAGAUGCGCAAUAUAUCUCCUCGCGGAGAAAUCCGCUAUAUAAAUGA